CCCAUAGAAAUGGAACAGUUCUGGAACAAUUUCAAGUUGAAGGUAUAACGGUAGUCGUAAAUAAUCACGAAACAUCGAAUAGAAGGAUAAUUGUUGACUUUAACGCAAUUAUGAAGGCACGGAUUAUCAUCGCUUUUUCUCUUGCCAUUAUCCUUGUAUCCUGCCAAAGGCAAGAUGAUGAUAUGAAUCGUUUAAGGGAUAAAUCUUUCGUGAAGAAACAGCUCGAUUGUAUUUUAGAAAAAAGACCGUGUGACAAAAUGGGACAGAAUAUGAAAGAUUUGAUUCCAAUAAUAGCGUAUAAUAACUGCCAGCGAUGCAAUCCACAUUUAAAACAACGCUACGCAAUAUUGCGAAACUUCAUGCUACAACAUUAUCCUAACGAAUGGAAUGCUAUAAUUCGACGUUAUUCAAGAGGUCCGCCUAUUCAAGGUUAAAUCAGUAUAAUCCAAUCAUUU